AAACCAACUUUACCUGUUGCUAACGGAUGUAGUUGAGUACGAGAAGAUUGUUUUGUUUCUAAUGAAUAAAUCUCCUGGUAAAGGAUAUGUUGACUGGUUAAUGGAUGUGUAAAAUGCCUGCUUUUGAAUAUCCAUGUUUAACAGUGAAAAUUUGUCAAGUAUCUAGAGAGUCAUCACAGGCUGGUGAGGAGACUCUCAUAAAGGAGUGGUUGGUGCGGAGUCAGCUGGUGUAUUUUAGCGUACACGGUCUUUAUAGCCUGGUAAGCCGCUCAGUACAUUGUUGAAUUAAUCCCCAAAGCCAAAUUAUUUGAGGCUAGGUUUU